AUGCCUCCACGACCAUCGUCGAAACCUCCACAAGGCUCGUUCUAUCCCACUAACGAUGCCGCCACAUACCGGGAUUUGCUGUUCUUCGAGGAGAGGCUGAAGACGAACGCAGCAUCUCUCAAUCGGCGUAAACGUCGCUACCAGCGUGGGUUAUAA